GUGGAAACCGUUCUUGUCCAGAAACCUGGUGGGGAGUGUAUAAUAACUGAGUACAACCGAACUAAGUCUUUGGGGGAUGAAACAAGGAGGAAAAUGGUUAACAUCUUGGCAGCUCACAUGACAGAAAAGAAUGGUACGUCACCAACAAGGCAGGUGAAAGAAAAAUAUGCCAGAGGAAUUGUGGCUUUGUUCCCGUACCUCAGUGACCCCUUUUCCAUAAAUUGCUACGAACAUUACUAUGAUGGCGAAAGCGGUACUGGGUACUUGGCAUGGAGAAUCAAAACUGUACAGAGAGGCUUAGCUAAAGAACGACGUGCAUCAUUUGAAGAUUGAGCAAGACUUUGUUCUGAUGUUUGGAGAAGGAGUGUCAGGAAAGCUACUGGAGAACUGGACCACUGCAUUCAAGAAAAAAGUGAUUCAGCAGUGCAAAAAGCUUCCCAGCACCAGUGAUUUGGAAGAACUUCUACUAGCAGCUGAAUCUCCUACUGGUGACUCAGAAGAGGGUGCUAAUUUUGUUUGGGACAGUGAACUCGCUUCAAUUAUACUUCUGUUGCAUCUGAUCCCACCUUCUGCCCAAGGCCGGAAAAGACCAGGAAAGGUAUCUGCCUCUCAAGCAGAGAAACACCUUGUUGUCUUUAAGAAGAGUGGAACAAACAUUGAGGAGCAUCUUCGAGAAAUUGCAGCUAUUGCUCAGCCCUACCUCCUGGCCGUGGGACCUCAGAAGAGUUCAAUUCACCAGUACUUCAUCGUUCUUGAUCAGCAUGCCAUUCCAUGCAAGUCAGCCUCUUCUCUUGGUGCUUUUGACGAGCUGUUUAAGGCACACUUUGUUUUUGGCACCUCUUACAACAUUAUGCUACACAACAUGUACACUUUCAUUCAGACCACUGUGUACAACAUAGAUGUUGGCAAAGUGAAAGAGAGUUCUCGUGUGGCUGAGGUUAGAGCAAGGUUGCUUAGUUAGUUGCCUAAAGUUUUUCUGCCCUCAUGAAGUGUUUUGUUUGUCAGGCUGAGUUAUCUGGUUCAAAAAUACUUCUCAGGCAUCUAAGAUUAGUUCAUGGUUUUGUUCCUGGAAAGAAUCUUAGCCUUAAAUGUGUAGAGGCAGGAUGUAGUUCUGUGUUUGGUACUUUUUCAGGUUUUAGGAAACAUUUGCAUAUAAAACAUACUGAGCAAAGUGACCAGAAUUCUGAUACCAUUGACAACAGUGAGACUGCUGAGGCAGAAGGACAAAUUAGUUCUCAAACAUUUGAUCAGAUUGGCAGUGUUGGAGAGGUAGCCACAACAUCUGUAUUGUUAAUGUCAAAUAAGAGCACUUUGGAUAUGUGUGCUUCGGCUGUUGCGCAACUAAAAGUUGCUGGGUUAAGUCAGUCUGCUAUAAGUGGUUUUGUUUCAUCAAUGGAGGAAAUUGUUUUUGAGAUUCACAGUCAGGCCAAGGGUGCAGCUUUGCUCUUUCUGCCUCCACAUGACAUUGCUACUAAAAGGAAAAUAGAAAAUUCAAUUGAACAUUUGGAAAAUCCAUUCACUUUCUUGAAUUCGGAAGCCAAACGAAAGAGACUCUUUACAGAGAAAUGGGGAACUGUUGAACCAACUGAAAUAGUGCUUGGCACAAGAUUUGACAGCAGAAGAAACAAAACCACAGGAACAUUUGAUCAAGUUGUUGUAACAGAUAAAUUUGCUUAUAUUCCCAUUUUAGAAACACUAAAGGCCAUUUUACAAAAUCGGCAUCUUACUGAUUUGUUUAAACCCAGGCAUGUUCCAAAGGAAGGCGUUAAUUUUGACUUGAGUGAUGCAGCACAUUUCAAAAGUCAUCCUUUAUUUUACACAGACAAAGAUGCCUUACAAAUUCAGUUAUUUUAUGAUGAUUUUGAGACCGCUAACCCUUUGGGUUCCAAAAAAGGUAUACACAAAUUGGGUGCUAUCUAUUUUACAUUAAGGAAUUUCCCCCCAUUUUUAACUCAUCAUUAGAUAAUAUUCAUUUAUGUGCCCUAUUUCAUGCACAGGAUAUAAGACGGUAUGGUUUUAAUUCUAUAAUCGAGCCUUUAGUAAAUGAUCUAAAAGUGCUUGAGAUUGAGGGAGUUAAGAAUCCAGUAUGUGGAAGUUGUAUCAGGGGUACAAUU